AUGGCUGAAAGCACGCCUCAAUCUACGCCCCGCCAGGAUAACUCUCCGAGCCCAGACGUUGAGAAGGGGUAUCAGGAUGAGCCCAAGAUUCUCAAUGAGUCUGAGAUUGCGGAACUCACCGGAGCCCAGUUCGACGACCCGAACUUGGACAAGGAACAUAUUGUCUCCUUCGACGACGAGAGUCCUUAUCCCGAAGUCCGCUCCGCUGUCGCUAACACCGAUGACUUCCACAUGCCCCAGAUGACUCUGCGGGUAUGGGUGAUCGGGAUAGCUGCGGCCAUCGUCAUCCCGGGCCUCAACCAGUUUUUCUUCUUCCGGUUCCCGUCCAUCACUAUUAGCGGCAUCGUGGCGCAGCUGGUCUCAUUCCCUAUCGGACGUGCUUUCGCAGCCUGGCUUCCCAACUGGAAAAUAUUUGGCGUUUCGAUUAACCCGGGGCCGUUCACUGUAAAGGAACAUGUUCUUAUUACUAUCAUGGCCUCGGUUGUCCGCAUUUACAACUUCAGCUACCAAUGGUUCGUCGUGAUGUCAACUCAGCUCAUUGGGUUCUCCAUUGGAGGAGUCGCCCGUCGUUUCCUCGUCGCACCACCAUCCAUGAUCUGGCCCGCGAACCUCGUGAACUGUGCCUUGUUCAACACUUUACAUUCCCAACAAUAUGCGGGUAUCGGAAAUCGAGGAGGGCUCAGCCGCGAGAGAUUUUUCGUGUAUGCCUUCACCGGUGCAUUCAUUUCUUCCCAGGAUAUAUUUGCCCUGUCCUAUUUCUCUUGGGUUACCUGGAUUCGCCCCGAAAACACCACUAUCUCGCAGUUGUUCGGAUAUGUCCAUGGAAUGGGAAUGUCAGUCAUAACUUUCGACUGGAGCCAGAUCGCGUACAUCGGUUCACCCCUUGCUACUCCUUGGUGGGCUGAAGCGAAUAUUUUCGCCGGCUUCGUUUUCUUCUUUUGGUUCUUGACGCCGGUAUUGCACUUUACCAACACUUGGUUUGGCGAAUACAUGCCGUACGCAUCUCCAAUUUCUUACGACAAUCAAGCGAAAACUUAUGACGUUAAUCGGAUAUUGACUCCCGAUUCUACCUUUGAUCUCGCAGCAUACAAGGCGUACAGCCCUCUCUUCCUUUCGACGACGUUUGCGAUUUCAUACGGCCUUUCGUUUGCCUCGAUCACCGCCACCCUUAUGCAUGCUUUCUUGUACUUCCGCAAGCAGAUAUGGGUCCAAGCUCGCCGUUCAUUGCACGAGCAGCCCGAUAUUCAUGCCAGGCUCAUGUCCAAAUAUCUUCAAGUUCCAGAAUGGUGGUAUCUCACCAUCUUCUUGAGCAUGUUCACCAUCGGUAUUAUAAGCAUUGAAGUCUGGCCGACUGAAAUGCCUGUCUGGGCGUUCGUCCUCGCCCUCCUGAUUGUGAUCCUCUCUGACCAGGAGCGGGCAGCUUUCACCUACGUCAUUCCCAUCGGAAUGAUUCAGGCCAUCACUAACCAGCAAGUCGGACUCAACGUUAUCACCGAAUUAAUUAUUGGUUACUCCGACUCCAAGCUGACGAAUGUGCAGACGAUGGCCCAGGCGUUGACUUUCACCUCAGAUUUCAAGCUUGGCCACUAUAUGAAGAUCGCACCCAGGCCCAUGUUCUGGUGCCAGGUCGUAGCCACAGUUGUUGCAGGGACGGUUCAGCUCGGGGUGCAGGCCUGGAUGUUCACGAAUAUCCCUGAUAUGUGCUCUCCGGACCAGCGAGACGGAUUUAUCUGCCCCAGUACUGAGGUAUUCGGUGCUGCAAGUAUAAUUGUGAGACUUUCAUCGUCCGACUCUGCCGGCUUUUCAAUUUCUAAUGCAACUCUAUGUAGUGGGGGGUCAUCGGGCCAGCUCUUCAGUUCUCAAAGGGACAGACGUACUAGUGAGGUUUCCGCCCCAGGCUGGUCUCUUGUCGGCGCAAUUGCUCCCGUCAUCCCGUGGGCGUUGGGCAAGAGAUAUCCAAACAGCCUCUUGAAAUAUAUCAACGAUUCCACUGCUGAACCUGCCGUUAGCACGCCGGUGAUUUUUAAUGGAACAGGACUUAUCCCUCCUGCCACCGCUGUCAACUAUAUUCCUUGGGCCGGAGUCGGAUUCAUCUUCCAAUAUCUGAUCAGAAGACGGCAUUUCUCUUGGUGGACCAAGUACAACUCGGUUAAUCCGGAAGCCGAAGACGUUCUAUCCGCCGCUCUUGAUUCUGGACUCGCCAUUUCGAUUCUUGUGAUUUUCUUCGCUCUGCAAUUCCCAAAAAAUGGCACGAUUGGGGAGACGAGCAUCCUCAACUGGUGGGGAAACACGGUCCCAUUUGUCGGUGCAGACUUCGCCGGAACACCAGUGCGCCCUCUGGAACCAGGGAAUAAAUUUGGACCGACGACCUGGUGA